AGAAGGGUAUUUACAGAAAAAGGAUUCCACCGUAUAAAGUGGCGGACGGCGCAGUGUCUGUCCUUUCCCGAUAAGCUCGCUGAUUGCUCAAAUGGGAGCGCCCUAGGGCACAACCCUUCUCUCUCCCUCCCUCCCUCUCUUGAACCUUGAGCUCUCUCUCUCUUCUCUCUAUAUCUCUCUAAUCUCAUUUCCUAAUUCUAUGAUCCCUUCUCUUUUAUAUAUGUAUAUAUUUAUAUAUUACUAUUAAAUUAACCCUAAAUUAUCACAUCGAAUCCUUCCCUUCCGUUUCCUUUGUCCCCACGCUCACCAAAAACCCUACUUCUCUUCUUCUUCUUCUUCUUCUUCUUCUUCUUCUUCUUCAGUUCAUCCGGUAACUUGUUUAUUUUUGUUUCAACCUUAAAAACUCAAAAACCCUACUCUUCCCGAUCUCAUCUCGUGAGGAAUGUACCUUUUGAUUUUGACUUGAGGAAGCCAGAUCCUAGAUCCAGCUAGAUCUGUAGCAACCAGACUGAUCUCCGCAGCAGCACUGAAUCAUUAUUAAUGCAAAAGGACAGCUGCACCGCCGAGAAGUGCAGGAGUGGCAGCAACAGCGGCAGAAGCAGAAGCAGAAGUGCUUUUUGGUCUUUUUCUCAUUUGAGUUUGAUUACUUUAGUUUUAGUUUUAGUUUAGAGAGGGAGACAAGCUCCCUCCCUCCAUGAGAGCUUGUGGAUGGACAUGGAGGAAAUCAACUCUUGUAAGCGUUCAAGAACUGGAGCUCAAGCUUCUAAACUACAUCACAAAAAUCAACAACAACAACAACAACAACACCAGGAUGAUGAUGACGAUGAUGGAGAACACAAGAUUGAGAACAGCCGUGUUCGGACAUGGCAUCACACUGCUUCUUCCAGGAUUUUCAGAGUUUCCAGAGCUUCUGGUGGUAAAGAUCGCCAUAGCAAAGUGCUAACUGCCAAAGGGCUUCGAGAUCGGAGAGUUCGGCUUUCGGUCUCCACUGCUAUACAGUUUUAUGAUCUUCAAGAUCGUCUUGGUUAUGCUCAGCCUAGCCAAGCUGUAGAAUGGCUUAUUCAGGCUGCUUCUGCUGCCAUUUCUAAGCUUCCGGAGCUUGACUCUGCUUUUCCUGAGCCUUUGAGCCAGAAUAACAAUAGUAAGGAUGUGGAUGCACAAGAUGACACCACUGAGCAGCAACAACAGCAGCAACACCAGCAUCAUCAUCAACAACAACAACAACAUCUUUCAUUGUCAAAAUCGGGUGGCAGUAGCACUUCGGAGACGAGCAAAGGGUCUGUGCUGUCUUUGUCCCGAUCAGAGAGUCGAAUCAAAGCUAGAGAAAGAGCGAGAGAAAGAACUGCCAAAGAUAAGGAUAAAGAUAACAACCGCGGAGAAGAAUGCCAUGUGACUGCAGCUACAACACAUCACAACAACCAACACCAUCAGCACCAACACCACCACCACAGUUUGAAUUCUCAGAGCUCCUUCACUGAGCUCCUCACUGGAGGGAGCAGCAAUGGUGGCAACUGCAUUCAGAAACAACAACAACAACAACAACAACAAGUUCGGCAACUUCAGCCUGUUAUUACAACUGCUGAUUACUUCGGGCAAGCAGGACUUUUUGGGCAAUCACAGAAGAAUCAGUCACAGUCUCCGUCUAAUUUUUCCAGUCACAAUCAGUCUUCACACUUUGGUAACAGUUCUCCAAUGACAAUGGUGCCAUUCAAUAUUGGUGCUCCUUCGUCUGGGGACCAUCAGGAGAUGCAGCAGCAGUUCUCCUUCUUGCAGGAUCAUCUGAUCCCUGUCGCCACAUCCCCGGCUGGGGACUAUAGUCUUAAUUUUUCCAUAUCUCCUGGUCUUGCUGGUUACAACAGGGGGACCCUUCAGUCCAAUUCACCAUCUCAGUUACCUCACCACCAUCUACAAAGGUUUGCACCUUCUGCUGUAGAUGGACCAAAUAUACCCUUUUUGUUUGGCACAGCCCCAUCCCCGGAGAACCAGUUCUCCUCUGGUUUCGAUGCCCGUCUCCAGCUAUGCUAUGGCGAUGGCUUCAAGCACUCAUCAGACUUGAAGGGGAAAGGGAAGAGCUGAAGGAUGCUAAGGAAGUGCCUGAUGCAGGAAUUCAGGACAGAUGAACAACUGUCGAAUUCAGAACCAUCUCCUCGUCGGGGCAUCUUAAAAAUCAUAUUAUUAUUUUUAUUAUGAUGAUUUUCGUUCUCAUUGGUACUGCUAUUGAGCAAUCAACCUCUUUAUUUAAAUUCUGUAUCAAUUAUCUUGUAUCGCGAUCAUUAUUAGUGUGUUGAAUGAUUUAUCAUCAUAAUACUGUUUGAGGGGCAGCUUUGUUGUUAUAAUAUCAAAAAGCAGAAAAAGGUUUGAUAGAACCCAAA